UGUACCAACCCAAAAAAAAAAUAUUUGUGUCAACUUGUUUCAUAACCUAAUUUAAUGAUAGGUUAAAAUUAAGAUAUUUACCAUGGCCAAUAUUCAAUUCGUCGUUAGGUCAUUAAGCAACGCCAAAAAAUCUUUGAAACCUAAUUACUGUAUGCUUCAGCGAUUGUAUUGCUCUAAAUCAGAUAAACCUGAAGAUGAAGAAGCUCAGAAAAACAAAACCAAUGAUGAAGCAAUAAAAAAAUUGAAUUCUCUAUUGAGACAAAUGGUUGAAAGUGAUACUAAGGUGAAAUUGGAUUUAGCAAAGCCUGGAAACAAGAAGGCAUUGAGACAAGAGGCUGGAACAAAAUCUAUUAAAAAUGAACCUGUUGAGAAGACAAUUGUGAAGGCAGUGAAAAAUGUUGCUGAAUCCAUGGGUGGAAAUGUUAAGCAAACUGAAUCAGAGUUGCUAUCAAAAUUGUUAAAUCCAGUGAAAGAAGACUUGGAGAAGCCUGCAGCUAGUUUAAGUGACAUUGUUAAGGGGAUGAAAAUCGAUAGGGAGACUAAAUCUCCCGUCUCUGUCUCGAGAGCGGAUCAAGUUAAGCAAUUGCUCGAUAAAACCAGGCAUCAGUCUAACGGACCAAGGGGCGCACCCAGGCAACGUCGUCCGGUCAAACAUGAAGUUGCGGUGCACAGCGAACCCAUAGAUUUAUUCGGCGAAGAACCUUUGGGCAUCUUCACGUCUCCACUGGAAACGUACCAGGAAAAAGAAAAUAGCAUGUGGACGACUUUGGAAGAUCGCGAAUUGAGGUUGGCCGUAACCCAGCCGCCCUCCAACUAUUUCCAAGAAAUGAUCCUGUGGACGGAGCAGGGCAAACUUUGGAAAUUCCCUAUUGAUAAUGAGCAGGGCAUGGAGGAGGAGAAUAACGUGUAUUUCGCAGAUCACGUAUUCAUGGAGAGGCAUUUGGAACCGUGGUGCCCUCAUAAAGGACCGGUCAGGCAUUUCAUGGAAUUGGUUUGCGUGGGUCUGUCGAAGAAUCCUUACAUGACCGUAAAGGAGAAAACAGACCACAUCGAAUGGUACAAGAAUUACUUUGAAGAUAAAAUGAAGCUGCUGAAGGAAAUUGGCGCCGUUGCUUCGGACACCAAAAUUCCGCAGAAGCAGAUCGAUGCGUAGUUGAAAAAUUACUUUAAAUAA